GUGACAAUUAACUUUUUAUGGCUGGAUUCUGAUUCUCAAUCCCAAAAUAGCAAAGUAAAAAGGGGCAAAAGUAAUACUCCUAGAUACUUUUUCUUAACACACAGAAAGUAAUAGUCAAAGCCCCUCAAUCUCAAGAAACUGAACAUUUUUAAACACUCAUCCAAAUAAUCAUUUCAUGGGUUUCUUGAAAUGGGUUCUUGCCUUUUUCAGUCUAUGCACAUAUUUAGCAACUCCCACUUUAUCAGAUUCUUUAUUGAACAAAGAGGAGUUGGCAAAUAUUUCAGCCAAUUUCUUGAAUUUGGCAAAAAGUUCUGAACUUUUUGAUUGGAUGGUGAAAAUUAGGAGGACUAUACAUGAAAAUCCUGAGUUGGGGUUUGAGGAAUUUGAGACUAGUAAACUUAUCAGAAAUGAGCUUGAUAAUAUGGGAAUUUAUUACAAGUACCCUGUAGCUGUUACUGGUGUAGUUGGUUUUAUUGGUACUGGAAAAUCACCUUUUGUUGCUCUUAGAGCUGAUAUGGAUGCUCUUCCUAUGCAGGAGGAAGUGGAAUGGGAGCAUAAGAGUAAAAUUCCUGGCAAGAUGCAUGCUUGUGGACACGACGCUCAUGUUGCUAUGCUUCUGGGUGCUGCAAAGAUUCUUCAGGAGCAGCGCGAUGAUUUGCAGGGAACUAUUCUAUUGGUUUUUCAGCCAGCUGAGGAGGGAGGUGGAGGAGCAAAGAAAAUGCUUGAAUCUGGGAUACUUGAUAGUGUUGAUGCCAUCUUUGGUCUGCAUAUUUCUGCCGUUCAUCCUAUUGGCACAGUUAUCACCAAAUCUGGCCCUAUCUUGGCUGGCAGUGGCUUCUUUGAGGCGGUAAUAAAGGGGAAAGGUGGUCAUGCCGCAAUUCCUCAGCACACUAUAGAUCCAAUCUUAGCAGCUUCUAACAUUAUAGUUAGUUUGCAACAUCUUGUUUCACGGGAAGCCGAUCCACUGGAUUCACAGGUUGUUACGGUCGGUAAGUUCAAAGGUGGCGGCGCAUUUAAUGUUAUACCUGAUUCUGUCACAAUCGGUGGAACUUUCAGGGCAUUCUCAAAAGAAAGUUUCACGCAACUUAAACAGAGAAUCGUAGAGGUUAUCACAAGACAAGCUGCUGUACAAAGGUGCAAUGCAACCGUUGACUUUGAUACCAACAAUAACCCCUUUUACCCGGUAACAGUAAAUGAUAAAACUUUGCACGAACAUUUCAAAAAUGUGGCGGGACAGAUGCUGGGCACUGAAAAGAUCAGAGAAUUGAAACCCUUAAUGGGUACAGAGGAUUUUUCAUUCUUUGCCGAGGCUAUUCCUGGAUACUUCUACUUUUUUGGAAUGGCGGAUGAAACUAAAGGACAGUUUGAGUCAGGGCACAACCCUUUAUACAGAGUUAAUGAAGAUGCACUUCCAUAUGGCGUUGCUUUACAUGCAUCGUUAGCCACGACUUAUCUUCUCGAACAUCAGUUAAAAGUAAGAAAUGUUCAUGAUGAGUUGUAAGGUCCCCAAAGAGUCUAAUAACCUCGUGGACCGAGAAGAAUUUCUGCUACAGGAACAGGUAUAAGUUUUAGACACAGCUGAGCGGAAAUAGGUUUCUCUUUUUCUUUUACUUAAUAUGCAAACUCGCUCUAAAUCAAGUUGGUGUUGGAGCUGGUUUGGUUGAUUCUCCAAAAAGGAACGCGCUAUGGGCGCGAGUUGUAUUUUUCUUUUUCCAAAUGUGAUUGAUAUGAAAUUCCAUUGCUUGUGUAAGGUUAAAAGUUUUUCUUUAGAUUUCGUUGUCAUUAUCCGUAGAGACAAUUGAACUGCAAACUAGUCGUUUUUGCUUAUAAAUUGUCUUUCCUGCA